AAACAUUUCAACCACCAAGCAUGACAAGUCUCAACAUGACUUGUAAACACUCAUUUUACACAUGCUCUGGCACAUAUACCCAGUUAACAUGCCGAGUGGAUAGGAAUUUUGUUCAUGGACAAGGAAAUGCUGGUGCAACACUGAUGAGACAUGAUGUCUGAUCAAUGUGAAGAAUUAAAUAAGAAGAUGGACAUGACCCAUGCCAAUGGUGAGAAUGGGGAGAAGAUGCAGAGACAGAGAGAGGCCAAGGAUGGGGACGGAGAGGAGCACGGCAAUCCGGAGGAUGCAGGGGUGAAACAAGAAGACGAGGAUGAGAGCCGAGAGGAUGUGACUGAGGAGGACAGCUAUGAGAGUGAUGGUAUAGGUCUAACAUUGACAGUGAAAGCCUUAGGUGAGGCUGGGCCUGAAACUGAUUUCAAUCGGGUAGAAUUUGGUCAUGAUAAUGGUGCUGAGGAUGAUGAUGAUGAUGAUAACAGUUAUAGUGAGGAUGAUGAAGAAGAAAUUGCUGAUGAUGAUGAUAUGUUCCAUGAUGAUGUUGAUAAUCUCUACGAUGCUUACCAAUCAGUUCUAGCAACCGACAGCAAUGAUCUUGAUCCUUUGGACACUUCAGUGAUAGAAGAUCCCUUCGCUGACCUGCCUCCUAUCAGUGAAGAUGACGAGCUAGGCAGUAGUGAAUUUUCCAAAUCAGUUGGAGAAAGCAAGGAAGAAUCGCUUGGUUUUGAAGACAGCAGUGUACAAACUGUUCUGCCAGCUUUUUUGAAAGGAAAGCUGGCGGUGCAGAGCUCUGGAAGUGAGUUAGCGACUGAUCAACUUAUUAGCAAAGAGAUUGUGGUCAGUGGUUCCACAGAGAAAGAGGUUUCUGAUUCUGAUGAAGUUGUAACUGGGAAACUUUUCGAGGCGACAGGUGAGAUGGUGGUUACUGAGGGGAAAGUCUCUCCAUUGGAGGAAGUGGCAACUGGUGCGGCUUUGAAGGAAACUGGUGAUAACAUGGACGGUGGAGGACGAGGGGAGGACAUAUCAGAAGAAAAUCCAUCUGACUUGACCGCACCAAGGGAAGAUGUCCCAGUCCCUAGAACUAGCUCUGUCAGUCACGAUGCUGUUGCCAUGAAUACAGUAUCCAAGGGAAGACAACAGAAAAUAAUAGAAACGAAAGACACUGUUAUUGUUACAGCUACUAAGGAGGAAGUCACAGUCAUAUCAAAAGGAGGGAAGAAUGAUUCUAGGGAGGAUGAUGUUGUGGAUUGUGGUGAUGGGGAUGCACCCUGCAUGCCCUGCAAAGACAAGCAUGGGGUGACUGGCAUGGUAGAACAGCACGGUGAAACAGCCGCAGAAUCACAAGACAUUUUACCUGACAAUGCAGUGGAGUUGAGAGGCUUGUCAUCAAGGGAGGACAAAGAUGUUGUGGAGCAUGAUGAAAGUGAGGCAGCCACUCAAGACCAAAACAUUGAAGAAAAGCAUGUUGAGGAAGCUACUGAAACACUUGAAACCACAGUAACCGAACCUGGCGAUUCUGUGGAUUAUGAUGAAUUAGCUGGAUGUCAAGAUGACGAGGCUGUCGGCCAUGUCAGCACAGACUCCCAAUCUGAGGAAUAUGGCCCGCUAGCAGGGAAUGAAGCUGCAGACGGUCAGAUCGAAGAUUCACAACAAGGACUCGUCUCGUCUCUUGACAGCGAAGCUGAAGCUGUGGGCGAUGAGGAAGAAGAAGCAAAGCAUGACGGCCAACUCCAAACUGAGGCUAAAUAUGACAGCGGGUGUGAGUCGGAGAGGUCUGAGCAGACUGUGUCCUGCCCGGUGGAGGGCGGACAGGUGUCGGACUCACAGCGGCCUGAGGCUGGUCAUGGACAUGAUGAAGAGAUAGAGGAGGAGCAGAUACAGUCAUCCAAAAAUUACCCGGACUUCAUCAACACGUGUGAAGAGAAACUAAAGGUGCAUUACGUGAGCUGCUAUGCGAAGGAAGCGCCACUAGACUGGUUCCACGUCCCCAACAAACCAACACAUCGUAUCUUCACCAACGUCAACCUGAUGGAACGAAACGGCAGCCGGCAUAAUCAAGUAUUGACCUUUGACCUUUUGAACUUUAAGCCUGGUUUGAGGAUACUAAUUGAGGGUCGUGCUGGUAUGGGCAAGAGUACUUUAAUCCAUCGCAUUGCAUAUGAUUAUGGUCUAGGUAUUUUGGCGACCUUGCAGCGGUUUAAGCUGGUCUUUGUUCUCGAUGUUUUGAAAUGGUCACGUGCGCAAGAGUUGCAUGAUGUUAUUUUGGAACAAGCUGUACAAGCAGAUGCGUGGGGAUUAGAAGCAGAUGAUCUCUUUGACUGGAUGCAGAACAAUCCAGAAGAUAUCAUCUUCUUCAUUGAUGGAUUGGAUGAGCAUCCCGGUUUCCCCGCCAGUCACAGUCUCCUCAGCCUCGCACAGGGACAACUCUACCCAAACAGUACUGUUGUCUUCACAACCCAACCAAACCGUGUUUUUGAAAUCACCGAUUGUUGCCAAAAGUUCUACGUCAUGCAGAAAUUCACAGAAAAACAGAUGCAAGGUUUCAUGGAGAGUUUUGUUGAGGGAAAAGAUAGCGAGCUUGAUGCGCUGAAACUUGAUCUCCUCUGUGAGAGACAUGUGGCCGACUUCUACAAGGUCCCGCUCCAUCUUGCUCUGCUUUGUACACUCUUUCAGAAUGGUGAGAUCAUUGAGAAUGACCCAAUCCCGUUCACCCUGACAGAGUUGUUUGACAGAGUCUUCGUGUACACGCUGCGUCAGCUGGUAGCAGAUCGGCACGUUGAUACUCAAAAAGAGCUCGAGUUGUCCAUGUUUGAAGAUAUGGCAUUUGUGUUGACCCGAUUGGCACUGUCAUGUUUGCAAGAAGAUAUUGUCUGUUUGUCCAAAAGUCAACUUGCAUCAGGGCAUGAAAUCGACGACGACCUUCUUGAUGCAUUCAUCCAAUAUGGCCUCCUGGAAAAAGUCAUUUGUCGUGAUGCAUACUUCUUCCCGUACAAACUCUUUCAAGAAUUCCUUGCUGCAAAAUUCAUUGCGAUUGAGUAUUUCAGCGCAGCCAACUCCGGCCAGAUUGGUGUUGUCCAGGACAUGAAUCACGUGCGUGAGCUGUUUGAGAUGUGCUGGUCAUGUUACAUCGAUGGUUACAAGUAUGAAGAUCUGUGUGUCUUCACGUCUGGUCUCCUCAGCCGGGACUAUAAUCAGUUUGUUGAUGCAUUAUGUAAACAGUACAGCCAGGCGCCUGAUGACUCGGCACGGGAAAUGUGUCUGAACGUGGCGUGUGCUUGCAUCAGUGAGAACGCCUCCAAUCGUGGUUUCAUCAGCUUGGUUGUUGACAGUCUUUCACCAAAGGGUGAUUUGUGCCUUGACAUCUCCACAGAUGAUGCCAGUGGGGCGCACCUGUUGGGCAUCGCUCACAUGCUGGCCGCGGACAAACUGCCCAAACUGAGUCUGGUCAACUACAACGUGAGUGAUGUGGAAGCCUUGCAUAGCAUCGCAGAUGCCCUUGCCGACACUGAGAGGCUGCGAUCAUUGGAGAUUGACUUCACUAACUUAGAUCCAACCUAUAACGGCAUGCCCAAGAUGAAAGGUGGCGAAGAAGAUUUCUCGCUAUUGAAACGGUUUGUUAAGGCGCUCUCUGUGAAUUCAUCAAUUCGCGACUUGGCAUUCCGACUCAAUGUUGAUAUGAUGAGUUUACAAGGUGUUGAAGUCGUAUCAGCGUUGUUCCUCAAUGUGCUCGGUGAUCUCAAAUCACUCGGGGUGCAUGUCUAUUUUGAUAAGACGUCAUCGUAUUUCCAAGAUUGCCCAAUCAUCAAGGAGAGCAUCACAUCCUACGAAAACCUGAACCUGCUGAUUUCUCGGUUCACCGUCUUCCUCCAGAACAACUCCAUAUUGGAGAAACUGGAACUAAAUGGCUGCUUCCUGCAUCGCGAUGCCCUCCCUGAACUCAAACACAACAUCAUCAACCAUAAGUAUCUCCGCGCCAUCUCACUCGCCGGUCAGAAUGAGGGCGCUCCGAUACACCGUGAAGGUACAAAUGCACUUGCCGAGAUUCUGUUACAGAAGAACUUUGAUGAAGUCUCGCUCGACCUGAACAGCUUCCUCACGCACCAACCCGACAAGUACAGCCUCAAAGACAGCCGCGUCAAAUUCGACACAAUGCAGUUUGAAAACGAGCUGAUCAUUGCGAAGCUUUUGAAGGCGAUGCAGGGCAAUGGCAAGUUGAAGCAGGUGAAGCUGGUGUGUCGCCAGAUCGAUUGUGAUCUACUUGACCACAUGGCUGACUUUGUCGAGGACUGCCUGUCAUUGACCUCGCUUGAGAUUUCCUGCGAGGAAAUGGAUGACUUGUUUAUGUUGUUCCUUGGUUGCGGAAUCUUAUGUUCUUGGAUGUUAGAAAGCCUGACGCUCCGGGGCAAGUUUGAUUCAGGGGGUGCCACCUUUCUCUUGGUUCAGUCGUGUGUUAUGAGCCUUUCAUUGAAAUCAGUCACACUCUCCGGGUCAUUUUCUCAGGACUGCAUUGAUUGGUUGGCUGUUUCCUUGCCUAAUUUGAAUAUUCAGUGCACUCACCCAAUGACCUUGACCCUUCAAGGUCGGGUAGAUGAAGGUGAGACCGAUUCUGUCCUUGAAUCGAUUGAACAGCUGAAAGAGUGUGUCCUCCCUCUUGAUCUGCUCUUAGAGACCGAGUUCAAUUGAUCACAAUCAAGUUAGAGACUGACUUUUAUUGUUGUGGGGAGACAUUUAGUGUUGCCUGAUUCCGAUGUCUCAACAAUUUAAUGUUGUGGGGAUGUCCAAGGUUAACUUAUUUCCGAAACAUGACAGGAUAAGUUCAAGAAGAAGAAUUGUUUGCUCGGUGGUAAUGUUCUCAUCAUCAUGUGCAUCUUUGGACAGUCCAGGCAAAACUGGUUUGUUACCAAUUCAUUAUACAAAGUUUCGUUGCUCGAGGUGGAGGUGGGCUGUUUGGGCUGAUGCAUUAAGAAUGUGGAGGACAAAGCUUUACAACAGUAUCCACACGAGUCUGUCUAUCAUUGCUUGUCUUUCUCUCCAUUCUCUUCAGAAUGUUCCAAAUCGACAAGGAAUCCGACCCAUUUUGGUUUGCCCCUCUUGCUUGGUCAAUCGUAGCUGUAGUUGAUGCUAGUGCCAUGUGCUAGGUGCAGGUUGAAAACCUCCACCAGUUGAUUGGCGCACAAUGAAUGUGCACGUAUCUCAAUAGGUGCUUGGAGGAUCUUUGGUAAUUUUUGCAUUUUUCUAAACGUAGAAAUGAUUGUACUGUACUUACAUUGUAGAGAAACCUAGUUUGGUUGCUAUGGUUACAGUGUUUCCUCCAGAAAUAGAUUCAAGGGUGGACAGCAGUGGUGAAAUUUGUAGUCCAGUUUAAUUUCUUGGUCAAAAUCCAUAUAUUUCCAUCUUUCGGGUUUUUUAGGGGAAGACAUACCCCCUGCCUGCCCCUUUGGAGGGAGAAACCCUGUAGCAUACAUUUUAGAUUUUCUAUGUUUUACAAAUGGUGUCGUGUCAAAUAUCUGUAAAUACUUGUAAUUUAGAUACAUACGUGUACAUGUUUAGCUUUUAUAGAAAACAUGAUGUCCAUGUGUCAACUUGCCGAGAUUUUGUUUCAUACAAACUUUAUGAAAUACGUAUGACGUGUUUGACUGUGGCCAACUCCACAGCUGCAGGUAACAGUGAUGUCAAUACAGUGUCAAGGUGCAUGCAUUUCAUGUCUGCUUCAGAUGACAGGUAAAAUAGGUCUUUUGUACAGGUGCCACUCUACCGGGCUAAUCAUGUUGUAAUAGUAUAAUUAUGUUGCUCUGUAUUCAGUUCAAUUCUGAUGUAACUGUGUGUAUAUGACUUGUACAUGCAGAUGCCCCCUGGCUUGUGUUUUAGGUACUUCCCUUGAUGAGCUUGUGUUUAGGUACUUCCCUUGAUGACUUAUACAUGCAGCCAUGCCCCUGGCUUUCGCAUGGACAUUGGUGUAUUACUGCAUUCAAAUCCCAGUGAACUUCAGUAAGUUGUAAAAGUUAAACAUUGAGGAGAGUGAGACUAUAUUUCAGUUUUAAUUUGUGUUUAUUCCAAAACCUACCUUCAAUAAUUCAUGUAUCAUUUACCUUUUCUUCCAAGACAUACAUGUAUUGAGACUUUUGCUGCGGGCCGGAAAAGUUGGAUAAGAUUAUUUUGUAACUGGUAGAUUUGUAAAGAAAUUUUUACUUUCAAAAUAAAAUCUAUUUUGAUGAAAAAUA